UGACAGACAUCUCCACAGUUGGGCAUUCUUCGUGGGUCCCUCACCUGCUUCCGAAUCACCACCGUCUCCGCCGCCAACAGCCCCUUUUCAGGAAUCGUGAGACUUGAAACAGAUUGUUUUCGUGAACAGGAUUAUUGCAAAAGCAGGAGACUUGCAACAAAUUGCUUCGGUACAUGGGCUUAAGAAUAAUAUGUUACUUAAUCAACAUGCAGAACAAUUUGUAAAAAAAGAUGCAUCAGGUUCAGUUGACUGGACAUUUUCACAAUUUCCACUAACUCCUUUGUAAGUUCGGAAUGGAUGGUUCUAUGUCAAUCGUAUUGUACAGAAGGAAGAUUUCAUCGCAGUCACCCACAUAUGUAUUAAAUUAACUCUUGCACAGAACAGUUUGGUCCAGUUUCAGUUUAAACUAGUCCAAACAACUCCUCAGGGCUGAUUUUAGUAGCCAUGAAUCCAAAUCAGUACCAUCCUACAUCUCCCUGGCCUCGAAUGCUGCUGCCUAACCCUCAUAUGAUGCCCCCAACGCUCCUAUGAUGCCACCCGAUACUCCUAUGAUGCCCACCAAUGCUCCUAUGCUGCCGGCCAAUCCUCCUGUGACCUGUACUUUCUGGGAGACCAAUAAUGUGCGUGAGCAGCUCAAGAAGUUGCAGGACACGCUUGGUCUUGCAAAAGCAAUGCAGAAAGAGCUUGAGAUGCUGAUGUCAAUCAAAGAUGGUAAAGAUGAUGCUUUUGUUAGUGGGUUUUCCGAGGUUUUGAAAGACAGGAAAAUCGAUUUGGAGUCCCAAGUGUUGCAAUCAGUGGAAGCUGCAAACUCAUUAAUGGCUAAACUUCGAGUUGAGAUUGAACCGUUUAGAGCGAUCACUAGCGAAAUGUGUCCUUGGGCGGAGAAGUCUGCAGCCAUCCGAUUAUCCAACAAAAGGUGCAAGUCCAAGAGGAAUAAACUUUGGAGAAAGAGAAAGAGGAAGCAUAUUGCCGAGAUGAUGGCAGAGGAACGUGAAAAGUUUGAUGAAGCUGAUCGAGAAGCUGAUGAGUGGAGAGCUAGGGAAAUUGCUAAGGAUAUAGCCAAACGCAAGAUGGAAGACAUGAAGAAAAUUGCGAGCCUUAAAGCAAAGGAAGAGAGAAAGAGACUAGAAUCCGAGCUUGAGACAGUAUUGAUUGUAGAGAAAUUGCAAGAGUUGCGCUCCAUCAGGAUUGAAAAAAUGAAGAAACAAGGCCAUUUUCUUCCAGAAGAGGAUGAUAAAUUUCUUGAAAGAGUACGCGCUGCAGUUGAGGAGGAGGAGCAUCAAGCAAUCUUGGCAGCUGACAUGGAUGCUGCUAGGGAUGCCAUUGCCAGUGCUGAGCAAUCAAGGAAAACAACCAAGAAUUUCGGACCUGACUCUAUUGAUCAAACCGGUGCUCAAGGCGAGAAUAAGGAAAGUAAAGGCCCAAAAAUUCCAAGCACUAAUGAAGGCGACUCUACAGCAGUGACUAACAAGGAAUCUGAAAAACAAGUUCUACAAGGAGAGGACUCUAGAGGAGCUUAUGAUGCUGUGGCCAAUUUACCUUUGGAAUUCUAUCAUGGCGGCAAUACUGAUAUGGGCACCCUUAUUGAGGUGAGAAGAACAUGGGAUGCCUAUAUAAGACCAGGAGGAAGCCGGAUACCAGGCCACUGGGUUCAACCGAAAUGAUUACGCUACCUAUUCAACCCCCAUUUGGCUUCUUGAUCUUCCUCGUAUCGUACUCGAUUUUGAUGAUCAAAGUGUUAUGUAGUUUGAGAUUCAAUUAUGAUAAUCA